UGUUUCAAUGUUUUCCCCGCAUUUAAUUUGCAUCCCAAAAUAGCCGCGCGAGGCAAGUAAGAUUUAUUAUUAGCAUAUCAGAGAAAGUCAAAUGUGAUUCAUAAAAUAAGAAAAUGGAGUGAGGGUGGUCGUGUCUUAAGUGUUGGGAAGCUGCCCGCAAGUUGCUUCACUUCCCUUUGUCCUUUGCAGCGUUUCCAGUUUGGUAAUGCCUCCCGUUUAUUUCAGGGUUUGCUUCAGUUCCUGUUAGCUGACAUUUGGAGCGGGUGGAGUAAAUGCGCGUCGCUGGACGGUUGCAGUCUGUUGUAACAGCCUCAGUACAUGUGACUCAACUGCUUUUGUCUCUUUUAUUGUUGUAGUUCUUUACCGACGAUUUCCAUGAGAACUGGACAUAAGGAGAAAUUAUGUAUAUGUCCCUGUUUUCGAUUUUUGUGGUUGCGGCUCUCUUUGUCUCUCUCUGCGACUCUUUCCUUUCCAAAGGCCAGCAUGUGAUCUGUGACGUUUCCCCUAAAGAUCUGCAUGUAGUAGAGGACUCCAGUGUUGAGCUAGUGUGCCAAACGUCCUGUUCAAAUCACGGCAAAAUCUUCUGGACACUGAACGGAGAACACAUAAAUGAAAGCCUGUCAAAAACUAUAAACGCAACACACACUGUCUUGUCACUGAGAAACUUCACUCAAUCAAGCGCAGCUGUGCAGUGUCACAGCUCUUAUGGGAAUCAGCUCUUGGGAGGCGUCACUAUAAGGACAUAUUGUAAAAACUUCUAUAUUUCAUUGAUUAGUAUUGCUUGUCAUUCCUGCCAUGACAUUACAGUCUUUAACGUGUUUUUUUUCUUUGCAGCAAAGCCUAAAAAUAUCACAUGUGUCUUGCAUUAUGAUGUAAAUAAGCCCAACAGCGUGCCUAAGCUCUUCACAUGUUCUUGGAAGCAUCGUAUGGAUCCUCUACAAACGGCAAACUACACCAUACUUAACAAUUCCUCGAACGAAAUCUGCAAGUCACAAGUAGCGAGCUGCACACACAAUUGCACACAUUUGGCAGAUGAUAUAGUUGCUUAUAUGUACUUCUCUAAACUAUACACGAUUAAAGUCAGAGCAAAAACUCAAUACGGGGAGACGGACUCUGACCCCUACGUGUUUGAUCCACAUAGCAUAACGAAAAUUAAUCCUCCAAAGAAUUUGAAGAUAACUCCCUCGUCAGAGCACCUGUCAGUAAAGUGGACAAUUGACGAACCCCGUUGUCAAGUCAAAUACUACAAGACAUCAGAGCCUGACAAAGCCCCAGAGGUUUUGUGGACAAAUCAAUCAGAUUUCACUGCCACUAUUGAGGAAGUGGAAUCCUGCAUUAACUACAACGUUUCAGUCCGAUGUGCCUCUGAAAGGGGACUUUGGAGCGAGUGGAGCCCGGAGAAGACUGCUCUCACCAAACUGAGCAGGAGCCGCAUCAGGAUGCGACUUUGGAGAAAGGUGGCUGAGCCGGGAAAAAACGGAAAGAGAAAAGUUCAUCUCAUGUGGAAGGGUAUUCCUUCAACAUGUAGAGAGGCAUUCACAGUAAAACAGGUUGCCUACAACGACAACACAACCACAGGAAAUUACACCUAUACUUCAUGUGGCAGCUCAUCUUGUGAUGUCGACGUGGACCACCGUUCACACAGAUUAUAUCUCACCGUUUCCGACAGCGGCGCACUGCUCGACUCGGUUUAUGUUCCAGCCGUUGGAGACGCGGGCCUUCCUCAAGUUUGGAGCAUCAAAACAACAAAACAUAGAAUGAAAGGCGUUAUUCAGGUCAGCUGGAACGUGUCAGAGAAACCCAUCAGUAGUUACAUAAUUGACUGGACACACGAUGGACGUCAGUACGCCUGGAAGGAGACCACAUUCACUAAUGCAACUCUGUUUGGCCUGUUGCACAGAACACCAUAUAGCAUUACAGUAACGCCUCUCUUCAACGAUAUCACAGGGCACAGCAUCCACGCAAAUCCGUUCUGCUCCAGUAUAGGAGUUCCAGAGCACAUUGCUGUCAAAGUUGAGGAUGUUGACGAUAAAAGUGCCUUUGUGAAGUGGUACAUGAAGUCACAGUACACAUGCAGUGAUGUUGAUACUUACACAAUCUUUUAUGAAGCACAGGGACUCCAGCAGAAUGUUUCUGUGAGUGGUAGUGAAAAUGGAGUCUGGUUGAAGGACCUGAAACCAAAAACCCACUACAAUGUCAGGGUUGAGGCCACAGGCGACAAUGAGACUGACAUGAGCAGCACGGUGUAUUUCAUAACAAAUAAAUUUGAUCCCAGGCUUGUUAACGCUCUAACCAUCUGUGGAUUCAUUCUUGUCUUUCUUGUGCUGUCUAUUGGGUUGACCUGUGCCAUUCAGUGGAAGAAAUUUAAUGACAAGCCUGUGCCAAAUCCUCGUCUCAGUACUGUGGCGAAGUGGCUGACGCAGAGUCAUGAAAAGGUGGAGGGGUUCUUCCAGCCACCCACAGAUCAAAUUGAAAACCAAGUUGUCACAGAAGAAACUCAAAGAAACCGAGGGGCGCCACUCACUCCAGUCCGUAAUGGUAACGACUGCGACCCAUCAUUUAGCUCUCUACAAGAGAACGAACCGGAAGAGAGGUUCUCCGAAACCUCAGAGACACAGCUCCUGUCUUCUCCAGAAGGAUCAAUGGUGUUUUCUUCCUCACAGAGCAGCCCAUAUCGCAGUCAGGACAACGCAGAGCCUCUGUUGCCACAAGUGGAAAAGCCAUCCAAGACUGACUUGGGCAAAAAACAGGAAAAGACUCAGACGAAGAGUUUAUACAUAAGCUUGAACAUGUUUGAACAAAACGAUGUUAGGUGAUCGUCAUGGCAACAAAACACAAGGUGAAGUCAAGAUGAGUCACUCAGUACAGAUGUUCAGUGACAACAUGCGGAAAGAUUGUUGCCUACAGUGAAGCAGCAUGAGUUGAAAACAUAUGGCCUGUUUUUCUUUACAGCAUGGCGACCUGGUUUUUCUCAAGACGUUUUCAUUAUGUCCUUCUUGCAACUGCUUUAUGGUCUUAAAGCAAAUCUAUAGCAAGAACGUGUUUGUAAAAUGAAGUUCUCAGAACAUGUUUUGUAGACUGUUUACUGUACAGACAAACUAUGUGUCAUAGACUGUAUUAUUAAAGAACACACAGCAUGUUGAUUGCAUGAUAUAAGAGAGUACAGAUUCUCAAAAAUGCAAACGCCUCUUUUAAAAUGCUAGGCUUGUUAUAAAAAAAACAACAAAAAAACCCCCAACAUUCCAAGUAAAUUUAUCCUUUACAGUUCAAGUGCAAACUCUAUAAUGGUCUAUAAUAUUUGACAUUUUGCCUGGCAAAGGAUCCCCAAAUCUUUAAGAUUGAAAGGCUCUUUUUAGGUGACCUCACAGAUUUUCAUGAAAACCAUCUUUUCUUCGGUAUUGAUCCAGAUGGCUUCACUAUGACGUUGAAAAAUGUAACUCCACUGUGUUUUCUGGGAGAAAGGACCUCUGUCUAGUGGCCAUUGCACACGCCCUAGUUCAGGUAUAUGGACACAGAAGAUUGCUGUUACAUAUAACACAACUGUUCUCUGUUUGAAAUUCCUACAGUUUCUUCAGUGUUGCUGUGCAAGUUGCCUGACCAGUUUUUUUUCAUGAAUUUUGGAGAAAUGUCCAAGUUUAAUGCCAUUGUUGUCGCCUAUUUUCCUCACAAUAUCUGGGACUACCAUCACUUCAAUUGGACUUUAUUUUGGGUUAAUGAGAUUCACCAUAUUUAAUGACAGAUGUGAUUUCAACAAAGGUGUGUUGGUUUACCAGUGAAAACAAUUAUGUAACAAGGUAAUGGCAGCUUUUUCGGAAUAUUUUAUAAUAAAAAUAAUGAUAAAAAAAAGUAUUCUAUAAGAUAUUGUAUGUCAAAAAAUGUUUUGAAAUGAUUUGUUAAAGUCAUGUUUUUUACAGAAACCUGAACUCAUGGCAGGGGUUUUGUACACUUUGUGUUGUUUUCUAAUUGUUCCCACAGAAAUAAGCUUGUACAGUUGUGUUUCUUUUAUCACUGUGUAAUAGAGCAUGUGAAUGUCAAAGUGAUUUUGAUCUGUAUAAAAAGUAUGAACAAUAAAGAAGAUGUAAAAACAACGAUAACCAUGAAUGGGACAAAGUAAAACAAACAACAACAAAAAAUUGUCCUAGAUGUGUUUUUGCUAACAGAAAACUUCAGUUCUCCUUUUGUUUGCAAUAAUCUGUGAUAGUUAGACGGAGAUUCCCACAAUCAUUUUCUGCAGUUAUUUCCAAAACAGCAAGCAGGCAAUACUGGUAGUGACAUGAGGGAAGCCUUUGUCUGCUUUGCACUGUGGUAUGCGUUGCUAGGUUUCUGUCUUCAUAAACUUCAAAACAAACACAAACAAUGAAUCGGCAUUCCUACUGUUUAUAUUGAUUUACUGUGAUUUUGUUGCUUUGUAUAUUAUGGUGUGAUGUAAACAGGUUUUAUUAAUUCUUCUGGGAGAUUAAAUGUUUGUGAGAACA